GAUGCAGGGAGCGGCGGCGCUGGGGCGCAGCCAGGCGGCCGCGCGGACGGGGGCCAGAGGCUGAGCUGGGGGAGCCAGCCGCGCGCACAGCUCUGCCCGCCACCCCCGGAGCGGAUCCCUGGCCGCCCCUCGGCUCUCCGCAGGGUUCUAGCAGAGCCCCCACCCCCCACCCCGGGGUGCCCAUCAAUUUCCUUGGGUGACUACAGCGUGUUUUGUUUUUCUUUCUUCUUUCCCUCCCCGUGUGCCCUUCUCCAGGAUGGCAGAGGCGGAAUUGCACAAGGAAAGGCUGCAAGCCAUAGCAGAAAAAAGAAAGAGGCAGACGGAAAUAGAAGGCAAGCGCCAAGAGCUUGACGAGCAGAUACUUCUGUUGCAGCAUUCUAAGUCCAAAGUGCUUCGGGAAAAAUGGCUGCUGCAGGGUAUACCCGCUGGAACUGCCGAAGAGGAGGAAGCCAGGCGGCGGCAGUCUGAGGAGGAUGAGUUCAGAGUCAAACAACUUGAAGAUAACAUUCAGAGGCUGGAGCAGGAAAUACAAGCCUUAGAAAGUGAAGAAUCCCAGAUAUCUGCCAAAGAGCAAAUCAUUCUAGAGAAACUAAAAGAGACAGAAAAAUCCUUCAAGGACUUUCAGAAGAGCUUCUCCAGUACGGAUGGAGAUGCAGUAAAUUACAUUUCCUCCCAGCUCCCCGACUUGCCAACCCUCUGUUCACGAACAGGAGAACCAUCACCUGGGCAGGACGGGACCAGCAGAGCAGCUGCUGUGUACGCCAUGGAAAUUAAUGUGGAGAAAGACAAACAAACAGGAGAGACCAAGAUUCUCUCUACAUCCACCAUUGGCCCAGAGGGGGUCCAUCAGAGAGGAGUCAAAGUCUUUGAUGAUGGUACCAAAGUAGUGUAUGAGGUGCACUCAGGAAGCACCAUAGUAGAAAAUGGAGUUCAUAAAUUAAGCUCAAAGGAUGUAGAAGAGCUUAUUCAGAAGGCUGGACAAUCAAGCUUAAGAGGAGGGCACGUGUCAGAAAGGACUGUGAUUGCAGAUGGAAGUCUCAGCCACCCUAAGGAACACAUGCUCUGCAAAGAAGCCAAGUUAGAAAUGGUCCAUAAGUCUAGGAAAGAUCAUUCUUCUGGGAACCCAGGGCAGCAGGCUCCAGCCCCCAGCACUGAAGGGCCAGAGGCAAACUUGGAUCAGCCAGUCACCAUGAUUUUCAUGGGCUACCAAAAUAUCGAGGAUGAAGAGGAGACUAAGAAGGUGCUAGGCUAUGAUGAAACCAUCAAGGCUGAGUUGGUCCUCAUUGAUGAAGAUGAUGAGAAGUCAUUGAGGGAGAAGACAGUAACAGACGUAUCCACUAUUGAUGGGAAUGCAGCCGAGCUGGUGUCCGGGAGACUCAUCUCAGACACCACAGAGCCCUCAUCCCCUGAAGGGAAGGAAGAGAGCCUGGCCACGGAGCCAGCCCCAGGUACCCAAAAGAAAAAGCGAUGUCAAUGCUGUGUUGUCAUGUGACUACUUCUUUCUUCCCUUUUCUUCUGGGCAGCCUCUGUGCUCUCCACCACUUACGUAGACCUCACUGUACCACUAACUGCAAUACUGUGAACUGGAAGCAAACACCUGCCUUGCCUUGCAGUUGGAUUGCUUUGAUCCCUCUUAUUUUUUUCCCUUUCAUUUUUCUCCAGUUUCCUCAGCUCAGAGACAACAUGCAUGUGUGUGCUUCAUUCUUUCCAAGAACUCACUUUUCCUCUAAACCUUUCCUUGUGUCUUCAAGAGGGAAUCGGUUCCUUACUGCUCAAUUGGAAUGGACUCUUCACAUCAGCCAGUGAUCUAGUAGCCUUAAUUCACUUGAAUGGAACUGAAACCGUGGGCACCCGGGGUUUCAUUUUGUCGUGUGUUCUAUCACGUAGUCACACAUCGCCACGUCACUGAUUUCUCACUUGCCGCCCUUGCUGUGGAUCUUUGCUUUUAUAUCUUGUGUGGCAAAAUGCUAUGGGCUCUAGCUGGUUGCUAGUGUAGCCAAAAGUGGACCUUACUUAGUCUGUCCAAUCUAGGGUGAUGCUUUUUGCUGCCUUACAUAAGCUUCCAGGUUACAGUAUUGUGCAUCUAUGGCUUUCCUUCUGUUAAAAGUGAAAUGAAGUUGAUGUGAAAGAAAAGAACCCAGCGCUUGUCACAGCUGAAUUGUAGGGACUGAUUCCAUAACCUGCCCAUUAGCAGCUGUCUCUCUAUGACUUAAUUGGUGGGCCCUUUAUAUAAGAAGCACCAUUUUUAACUUUCUAAGGACAUGAAACAAGCAUUGUUUUGAGCAUCAGUCGUGAUCUCUAAAUUUAAGCAAAUUCGUGAGCCUUGCUUCUAUUCUCUAAAAAAAAAAAAAAAAA